CAGCCCUCCGCCGGCUCCGCUGCCAGCCUAGGGCUUUCUAGAUUCCCGCCCACCUCUAGUCACGUGACCCACCAAGAUGGCGGCGCUCGGGCAAGACCCUGGAGCAGACCUGAAGGAUGCAGUUCUGGUGCCGAGGGGAGGCGGGGAAGUGCAUGAGGGCAUGAAGACAGCGAUCUAUACACAUGCUGAACCUAGUCCUUCUGUAGAAGAUGCAAAAUUCAGAACACCAAUGGUCAUCGAAAUCAUACAAAAAAAAUUUGAAUAUCUUAGAAGAGACAAGUCUUUAACACCUGGAACACUAUUACUUGCAACAUCAGCUGGUACCUCUGGAAUAUUGGCAAACUUCAUUUUGAGAAACUGCUUCAAAGUUAAAUACGAUGUUUUGAAGACAUAUGCGUCAUUAACUGCACUUCCAUUUUUGUCUACCAUAGUUACUUGCAAGUUCUUUGUAACUGAUCCUUUGUAUUCAGAUAAUAUAAGCAAGGAAAAUUGUGUUCUGAGAAGUUCACUGGUUGGCCUAGUGUGUGGUGUUUUAUAUCCCAGUGGAUUGGCUUUUUCUAAAAAUGGACGCCUGGCAGUCAAGUAUCAUACUGUUCCACUGCCACCAAAAGGAAGGGUUUUACUUCAUUGGUUCCUGCUUUGUCAAACACAAAUAAAAGCAAUGUUAAUUCCUCUAGUGUUACAGAUACAAUUUGGACUACUUCAUGGUCUACACCACUAUGCAAUAUAUGAAAAUACACGCAAGAAAACUCUACAUGAAGACUGAAGACUCGGUGGAUGCUAACUCAGCACUAUGUGUUUUAUAUGAUGAGGACUGAUGCAUUGCUAAAAGAGUAAAAAUAACUAUUUGUUCCUUUUGCCUGGUAUAUAGCCGAUAAUAAAUAUUUAGUAAUUCGAUAAAUACAAAUGCUAAACAAAUACAGGUUUCAUCUUUCUUUCUGUACUGUAUGUAGAAAAGGGCUUAGGAUCUCAGGUCUGACCUAUGCAGUCAUACAUUCGUUCAUGGAACAUUCACUGCAUGCUUACUAUGUCUCAAGCACUGUAUUACACAUAAUAAGAAGCAGUCCUUACCCAGAAAGAAUUCUCAAUUAGAAGAGGAGUAUAAAAUGUGAACAUGUAAUAUCAGAGAGUUUGGAGAUAAACACAUAAUUUGAGGGUUCUGAGGGUGUGGCUACUAAGUACUUAGGGGAAAGUAACACGUGAGGUAAGUCUGAAGGAAGAGUUGGAGUUCACAAGAAAGCAAAAUAUGGAAAUACAGCCCAUUCCUCUACUCCCAACUCUGCGUAUAUGAACUAGUUUCUUGCCAUUUAUGUAUUGUCUUCGCUACCGGUGACUGGUCUAUGCCACUGGUCCCACCAGGUCCCUUUUCCAGGUACCACCCGGGGGAACCAGCCCACUCCAGUCUUUCCCCCAGUCCUGGGCACCACGUGCAGGGACCUAGCCUUGCUAGUUUGUCAGUCUGAUCCAGGGGCUGGAGAACAAGAAGGAAAGAAAAACAGGCACAGUUUAGCAUGCGGGCAGCCAGGGGGCUCUUGCCUCUAGUAGGAAGAGGAGCCCCAAGUGUCUGGCUGGUCCUGCUUUUAUUCCCUCAGACAUGGGUACAAGCAAUUAAAGGAACAUAAGAUUCAACUUGUCUUCCAUUAUCCAUUUACAUGUCCAGGUAAACAACCUGAUCUCAGCUGUAUUAACUUUUCCCUUUCAUUCACAGAGGAGGCCAGCUAGGCCUCAAUUCUCUGGUCUCCCACACUUUACUGUCCAGUUUAAAGAACAUUUAUUGCAUAUGUACUUGUCAUGCAAUAAGAUAAGCACUAACGGUGUAAGAAUUCAGUCUCUGCCCUCAAGAACCUUAAAUUCUAAAAGAUUUCAAAACGCUUCUGUGGAGUCUGCUGAGACAUUCCUGAGCUACACAUUUAUCUUAGUUCAUUCAGGAAAUGAAUACUGAUGAGAAAUAGUUUGCAGAAUAGCUCUUCCUCCUUGUCUUAGCCACAUGUAAUAAGUAGCUAAGUAAAAAUUUGUAACUUAGGAAAUACAGCAAGGUUAGCUUUUGUUCACCUUUGCUGCCAUCUGAAAUCUGAUUUCUAUCUUACUCGGUGACUUCACAUUAUCUUUUGUAUAAUUUUUUUUUUUUAAAGGAAUUGAUAUUUUCCCUUGGCGUUGGAAAGCAGUGCUUGCCAAAAUGACUGCUGGAAGUGUAAAAGGAAAAGUUAGGGAAACCUUGGUCUUCUGGAUCCAAGUCAAAAGGUAAAACUACAGUUGAACCAUAGUGAAGAAAGCAAGGUUCUACAGGCAAAACAGUGCACAGGUGAAAAGUACAACCUGUAACACUGAAGAUUCAAAUCCUGUGUCACUGCUUACCUCUUGGCACCUCAAAUUCCUCAUCUGUAAAAUGAGUAUUAAAAAUUACUUCAUAGUGUUGGAAGGACUGAAUUAGCUAAAUAUAAAAAUCAAAAGUGCUCCGAUCAUAGGAAGUUCAAGUGUUAGCUGUUUAGUCCAUUUGGACUGCUGUAACAAAACACUAUAGACUUACAAGAUUUUUUAAACCAAAAGUUUUUCACAAUUUUGGAGGCUGAGAAGUCCAAAAUCAAGAUACCUGCAUAUUUGAUGUCUAGUGAGAGCCUGCUUUCUGGUUCAUAGAUAGAAGUGCCUUUUUAUUACAUGCUACAUGGUGGAAAGAGCAAAAGAAUUCUCAGAGGUAAUAAUCUCUUUCCUGAGGACUUUGCCCUCAUGACCUAGUUAUCUCCCGAAGGCCUUACAUCUUAUUACCACACUUUGAGGGUUUCGAAUUCAAAAUAAGAACUUUGUGGGGACACAAGAAGCCCAUAGAAGCAAUCAUAAUUGUCGUCAUUAUUAUUGCUGUUUUUGCAUACCUAUUAUCAUGAGCCUUUCCUAGCCUGUACUUAACUAGUGUGGCAUUUUUAUAAGGAAAAUUACAAAGAAGCACAGGGAAAUGCUUUCAUAGGUGUAUUUCAUUUGAAUAAAUAUAUGUUUAUUCAUCCAAUAUUGAUUCAAUAUCUAUUGUGAAGACACCAAAUAUAUCUUGUGCAAGUA